AUGGCUGAGGAUAAAAAAGCCUUUGUUGAUGAGAUAAAUAAAGCCUUGGCAAAGUCUGAAGGGCUUACCUUGAAGGAUCUGCUGUUCUCCUAUGGGGGGACCCUGUAUCCUGUCACAGUGUGCAGUGCGGAAACGUUCCAAGCCCUGGAGAAGCUGGAAGCCAGAAGAGAUGAUAUGGUGCUGGUGUCCUACCCCAAAUGUGGUGUGAACUGGCUUAUCCAGAUUUUAAGUGAUUUGAUAUUUACAACUAUCCAGAGUAAACCUGUAAGCACAGAACUACCAUUUAUUGAAUGUGGAGAUCCAGAUAAAUAUCAGAGGAUGAAACAGAUUCCAUCUCCGAGGAUUUUGGCAACACAUCUGAAUUAUGAUUGCCUUCCCAAGUCUAUUUUCAAGAACAAAGCCAAGAUACUAGUACUGUUUCGAAACCCUAAAGAUACAGCUGUUUCAUUUUUCCAUUUCCACAACAAUGUGCCAAGCGUCCCCAGUUACAGCUCCUGGGAUGAGUUCUUCUCGGAGUUCAUGAAUGGGAAAGUUGGCUGGGGAUCCUAUUUUGAUCAUGCAGUCACCUGGAACAAACACAUUGAGGAUGAGAAUAUUAUGAUCAUAACAUAUGAAGACCUGAAUGAGAACCUGACUGCCAGUGUAAAGCAGAUAGCUGAAUUCUUUGGAUUCUCCCUAACGGCAGAGCAGAUCCAGUCCAUUGCAGACAGGGCCACUUUCCAGGCAGUGAAAGACAAGGCUCAGGAGACUCAUGGUGCUGUUGGCUCAACUCUUUUCCGCAAAGGUGUUGUUGGAGACUGGAAAAAUCUUUUCACUGAAGCUCAGAACCAGGAAAUGGAUGCCAAAUUCAAAGUGUGCUUAGAAGGAACUAAGCUGGGAGCGAAAUUAAAAUAUGAUGUCUACUGCAAGGCCUGA